GUUACGUGUUACCCGUGUGUGUGUGUGUUACGUGUUACCCGUGUGUGUGUGUGUUACGUGUUAACAGUGUAUGUAUGUUUUCUCUAGGUGAAUGUGAGAGAGCAGCAUGCAGUCGGCUCCAGCAGGUUUGUGGGACCCCCAUGGACCCCAGUCUAAAGAUGUCUCCUCUCUCCCCGUACACACACCCUCCGCCUCUCGCCUGUCCCAUGUGAUCGCUGCUCCACCGGCUAAGAGAAUCACCUUCUACAAGAGCGGCGACGCUAAGUUUGCGGGAGUGAGGAUGGCCGUCCACAAACGCAGCUUCAAAUGCUUCGACGCACUACUGGACGACCUGUCGCAGAAGGUGCCCCUGCCGUUUGGAGUACGUACGGUCACCACCCCCAGAGGAAUCCACAGUAUUAAACAUCUAGAGCAGCUGGAGGACGGUGGGUGCUACCUCUGCUCUGACAGACGGCAGGCUAAACCAAUCAACAUAGAGCUGGCUGGCAAACGUCCCGCCCUCUGGCACCACAACAGUCGAAGAGUGCCACAGCGACCAGCAGAAGACCCUCCUCCUCCCAGUGCUCCAAGCCACACCCCAACACGGCAGCGACGCAUCCUAUUGGUCAGGAACAGCGACCCUGCAGUGAGGAGGAGUGUGAUUCUGAGUCGCCGCUCGGCCCGGAGCCUCCGAGUGUUUCUGGAGGGCAUCUCGGAACUGAUGCAGUGUCACGUCAGGAAAUUAUACACACUGGAGGGACGCAAGAUUGACAGUGCACAGAGCCUGAUGACGUGUCCAGGUGUGUUGGUGUGUGUGGGUCGAGAGCCCUUCAGACCUCUACUCCUGAACUAUGUAGCCAAGCACUCUGAGGAGAAACUACCUGGACUGGGGACGCGGUCACCUGGCAGUGGGGCCAGGUCUCCCGGUACUGGAGCCCGGUCACCUCGUAAUGGUCAGGGAGCUCGGUCACGGUCUAGUGUCUACAGCGAAGGACACGGCAGCAAGAGGAACGUGAACUUUGGUCUGGAGACUAAGAAGACCAUCAUCCAUCCUCUCUCAGACUCUUCCAACCGCUCCACCCGCUUCUCUCUGUCCUCUGACAAGUCCUACCCUAAUGGCCUCAGCAGCCAAGGUGGCAAGGAGGCGGCGCUUAACGAUGACAUAGAGAAGCGGGUACUGGUGAACAAAGACGGCAGCCUGUCUGUGGAGAUGAGGGUGCGGUUUCGUCUCCAUAACGACGAGAGGCUCCAGUGGUCCACGGAGAUUAAGAAGUCUCCCUCUGACUCUCUGACCAAUGACUGCUGUCCCCUCAGGGAAGCCCCGCCCUACUUCCUACAGCAAGGCCAAUCAGAAAGCUGCUCAGACCCUGACUCCGCCUCCUGUGUUGUUGAAGCUGCCGACUACACCCCCAAGCCUCCACAGCGCUCCCUGGAGGAGCCACAGUCACAUUAUGCCUGCUGCUUCCAGAGACAGGAGUAUGACCUUUGGGAGAACCCCGCCCACAUCCAGACUUCUAAGCACUCACACUCCAGGGUUAGACACACCCACUCCUCAAGCUCCUCCUCCUCCUGCCGCUCCAGCAAGUUGGUGAGGAGGCGUGCGACCCACAGGGAGUGCUCAGAGCUCGGAAGGGUUGUCCAUGGAAUGGUGGAGGUGUGUACAGUCAGCAGCAGCUGCAGCCACAGCGAGCUUAACCUGGGUGCCACAGACAACCAGGGGGAGGAGCGUCCUCUGUCUAGCUCCUCCCAUGUGCUCCAAGCACUUCAGGACGAUGUGGAUGACCUCCCUCCCAGCAUCUCACGCUGCUGCCAUAGCAACGACCCCCCACAAGCCCUCCCCUUGACACCACAGCCUCCCAGCCCUAUGUCUACUUCCUCCAGGAGCAGAAAACACACCCCUGCCCUACAGGGAGAGGAGAGGGGGAGCAAAACCUCCUCCCGGCGUUCUAGUAACUCGUGCUCCUGCUGCAGAGGAGAAGUCACCCCUAAGGCCGACGAGGAGAGAGUGGACAGCUCGUUGUCGAAGGCCAGCCACGCUUCCCACGAAUCCAGAGCUCCCUCCAAUAGAAUCAGGAUCCCUGUGGCUCCAGAGGAGGGCGAUGAUGAAGCUGAGCAGGGUGGGAAGAGGGCAGUCAGCGUCUCCGGUGGCUCAGGGGGGUCCAUUGGGUCAGUGGGGUCUAUAGGCUCCAGUGUAUGUUCUCAUUGUGAGGGGUGUGACCAAGGUUACGACCCUGUGUCCUGCCACUCACAGAAGUCACAUAGGUCAAAGCGAUCUCAAGAAGAAGAGGAGGAGGAGAGGUCAGGGAGAGGACUCUCAGGUGGCUCAGAUGAGUGUGGAUUUUCUCAGAGGACCAACAAGUCCAACUGUACCCACUUCUACCAAGAGGGCCGAGCAGCCAGCAUGAUGUCACACAUGUCGCUGCCCAAGGAGGGAGAAGAUACAGGGACGGAGGGAGAGGUAGAGGUUGGAGAGAAAAUAGAGGAAGGGGAGAAAGACGAGAGAGCAGCCAGUGUCCUCUCAGCCAAAUCCUUCUCUUCGGUCAAGGGCAGGACCUCCAGAACCUCCCAGAAGUCUAAGGCCUCAGAAUCCCUUGCAGACAUGGAGGAACAAAUGGAAGAAUCGAUGGAAGGAGAAGUGAAAGAGGGAGAGGUAGAAGAUGGAGGAGAACAGAGAGCAGCAAGCAUUAUGUCAGUUAAAUCUAAUCUCUCAGCAAAUUCCAGCAGAUCCCAUAAGUCUACCAAAAGUCGUAAUGCUAGGGCUGCUUCUACCAGCUCUGAAACACCUGAAGUCACUGCUAUUGAGACAACAGGUGAAGGUGAAGAGGAAGAAGUGGGCGAGAAAACAGAGGAGAGGUUAGAGAGCUCCAUGUCUGUUAGAUCUAACCUCUCAGCAAAGUCUCGUAGGUCCUGUAAGUCUACCUGCAGCAAAGCAGAACAGGUCCUUUCCGCCUACUCACCAGAGGUACCAGCUACUGAACCUGAACCUACUGGAGAGGAUGAGGGAGAGGAGAGAGCAACGAUCUCCACGUCUGUUAAAUCUAACCUCUCAGCCAAGUCCAGCAGGUCUCAUAAGUCAACCUGCAGUAGGAGUAUUAGAGUUGUUUCUCCAAAACCAGCAGCGAGUGAAACUCUAGUCAACGAUCCAGCAGACGCGGAUGCAGCGGGUGCAUUGUCAGCUAAAACCAAUGCUUCAGCAAAGUCCCGUAGGUCCUGUAAGUCUACAGGAGAUGAUGAGGGAGAGGAGAGAGAAGCAAGAGCCAUGUCAGCUAAAACGAGGGCUUCUAUCAAGUUCAGCAGGACCCACAAGUCUGCCUGUAAAGCUGCCUCUCCAAAGCCAGCCGCAUGUGAAACUCCUGUCAACGAUCCAGAGGAGAAAACAGAGGAAGAGAAGACAGCGAGUGCAUUGUCAGCUAAAACCAGUGCUUCUGUCAGAGCUAGCAGGUCUCACAAGUCUACCUGUAGUAGGAGUGUUAGGGCUGAGACACCUGUUGCUAAAGACAUCCCUGCUAUUGAAACAACAGAGGGAGAUGAGAAUGGGUCUGCUGCUGCUGCCGGAGAAACAGAGGAGAGACCAGCGAGCGCCAUUUUGGAUAACAAUAAUGCCUCAGUGAAAUCUAGCAUAUCUCACAAGUCUACCUGCAGCAAAGCAGAACGGGCCCCUUCCUCCAACUCACCAGAGGUGCCAGCGACUGAGCCUGAACCUACUGGAGAUGAUGAGGGAGAGAAGAGAGCAGCAAGUGCCACGUCAAAGUCCAGCAGGUCCCUCAAGUCUACCUGCAGUAGGAAUGUCUGGGCUGAGACUCCGGGGACUAAAGACAUCCCUGUUAUUACGACGACAGGAGGAGAGGAGAUGGUUGACGAUACAACUGCUGCUGGAGACACAGAGGAGAGACCGCCGAGCGCCAUCUCAGCUAAAACCAGUGCUUCAGUCAAGUCCAGCAGGUCUCAUAAAUCUACCUGCAGCAGGAAGGCUGAGAGUCAAAUAUCUCAACCAGCCGAUGUCCCUGUUAUUGAAACAACAGGAAGAGACGAGGUCGGAGAGGAGAAAGAGAGAGCAGACGGUGUCAUGUCAGCUAAAUCUAACGCUUCAGCAAUGUCCCGCAAGUCUAACAGGCCCACUUGUAAUGGAAGUAGUAGAGCAGUCUCUCCAGUGGCUCAAGAUAUUCCUGCUAUCGAGACGACAGGUGGAAAAGAACCGAGAGACAAAUCCACCGCCUCUGUCAAGACCAACAGGUCUCAUAAGUCGUCCAGUGGUAGGAGGGCUGAAACUCCAACUGCAGAACAAGCUGAUGUUAAUGAGACCACCGGAAGGGACGAGAAGGGAGAGGGGACAGAGAGACCAGCGAGUGCCAUGUCGACUAAAUAUAGUGCUUCAGCAAAGUCCAGCAGGUCUCACAAGUCCACCUGUAAUAGUGGAAGUGCUAGAGCGGUCUCUCCAGCACCUAAAGCAGCAGACGUCCCUGCCAUUGAAACAAAAGGGGUUGACAGGGAGGGAGAGAAAACAGAGGAGAGACCAGCUUGCGCCAUGUCGUCUAAAUCUUACAUCUCAGCUAAGUCCAGUACAUAUCAUACGUCUAAUGGUGGUAACAGAAGUACCUUUCUGCACCUGAAAAAAGAGAGAGGUGAGAGAGGUGUUAGACCUGCCCCCAGCACUACAGGAAAUGACCUUGAGACAGGCAGUGUGAAAUCUGCAAUGAGCACAAAACCCAAAAGAAAUGCAGAUUCCUCCACCAGACCCCUCUCCACAGCAUCACAGGCCAAUGCUAAAUCCACCAAUCAGACACCCCCUGCCACCACCGAGACCAAAGAGGAGUCUCAAAGUCAUGCCACGAGCCGACCUGCCAGCACGGCUGCACACAGAGAUGAUGAUGUCAGAGAUCAUGUCACAGAGAAGAAAGCUCCCAGCGUACAUUCUAAGAGCCCUGCUAAAGCAGAAGGAGACUCAAGAGCGGCUUCCUUCGCCCGCUCCACCAGGUCAAAGGUGAAAGUCCAGAAGGCCAGCGAGGCCCAGGACGAUGAGAGGCCAGAGACAAGGGCCUCCUUCCUGCAAGUGAAAGGUCACAGGGUCAAAGCUCAGAGUGACACGGGCAGCGUUCACUCCGUGAAAACCUCCAAAACGGAUAAGAUUGUGAUAAAAGGGAAUUCCAAACCAAAGUCGGGCCAAGCAGGAAACCCUACCUCCCAGUCCAUCAAUCCCUCUGAGGGCUCCAGACCCGCCAUCCAGCUGGGUACGGCCAGCGUCAGCGAUAGCCUCCUCUCCCAGUCGCUGUCUGCAGCUGACCUGCUCAGGGGGAACAUGGCCGCCUCGCGCCUCUCCAGCCCUGCAGGGUCAAAGGUUAGCAUCCCUGAUAGUGGGAAGAGUGGGAAGAGUGGGAGUAGCCAGAGGAGGAGGAAGCUCAAACAGGAAGAGGCUGAGCUAGAGGAGCUGGGUCCCCUCUGUCUGCCCAAAACCUCACCCAAUGACAUUGUCAGUGAUUGGCUGAGAGGCAUCCCUGCUGACAGCGGCAUGGAUAACCCUGAAGAUGAGAUGAACGAGGGAAUUGAAGAGACAGAAGUAAAAAGAGAGGAAGAAGACGAGAAAGGAGGGGAAACAGAGGGACAAGGAGGAGAGGAGACUGAGGAGAAACAAGAACCGAUUGAAACUACAGAGAUGGAGCAGGAGAACACGGCUGAAACAGGAAAACAGGAAGAGGAGCAGGAGAACACGGCUGAAAAAGGACAACAGGAAGAGGAAGAGGAGCAGGAGAACACGGCUGAAACAGGACAACAGGAAGAGGAAGAGGAGCAGGAGAACAUGGCUGAAACAGGACAACAGGAUGAGGAAGAGGAGCAGGAAAACAUGGCUGAAACAGGACAACGGGAAGAGGAAGAGGAGCAGGAAAACAUGGCUGAAACAGGACAACAGGAAGAGGAAGAGGAGCAGGAGAACAUGGCUGAAACAGGACAAGAGGAAGAGGAGCAGGAGAACAUGGCUGAAACAGGACAAGAGGAAGAGGAAGAGGAGCAGGAGAACAUGGCUGAAACAGGACAACAGGAAGAGGAAGAGGAGCAGGAGAACACGGCUGAAACAGGACAACAGGAAGAGGAAGAGGAGCAGGAGAACAUGGCUGAAACAGGACAACAGGAUGAGGAAGAGGAGCAGGAAAACAUGGCUGAAACAGGACAACGGGAAGAGGAAGAGGAGCAGGAAAACAUGGCUGAAACAGGACAACAGGAAGAGGAAGAGGAGCAGGAGAACAUGGCUGAAACAGGACAAGAGGAAGAGGAGCAGGAGAACAUGGCUGAAACAGGACAAGAGGAAGAGGAGCAGGAGAACAUGGCUGAAACAGGACAACAGGAUGAGGAAGUAAAGAAGGCUGCCCGGCAACCAGAGGAAGAGGGAGAGGUGAAAGAGGAGGAGGAAGAGAGGGGAGAGGAGGAGGAAGCAGCAGCGGGGGAGAAAGAGAAGAAAGAUAAAGAAGAAGAGGAGGUGAAAAAAGAAGAAGAGGGGGAGGUGGGAGCAGAGGAGGAGGAGGGAGAGUGCUCUGAGUGUGCUGACUGCUGCCCUGACCCAGCCCCGCCCAACAAUGACAUCAGUUCUCCUUGUCAUCGCCACCUGUUCCUCAGUAGAGAGUCUGAGCUGCCUUGGAGCUGCCACUCAUCUGUGGCAGUAAUGAAGGUUUUACUGAACCCUACACUGGGCCGAUGCAGCUCCCUACCCGAGAUAAGUCCAGUGUACGGACGCAGACUGAGCUCCUCUGCUAAAGGUCUGCUGGACUGUCUGGCCCAGUUGCAGCUCAUCGACCCGCCCCCUUCUCCAGCUGCAGCCCCAGGCCCUGACCGGGAUCAGCGGUACCAAGAGGUCAUGGAUAUACUAGAGUCACUGUGGCUGUCUAAGCCUGACCUCGAGAAGAGGAAGGAGGGAGAGACAGAGGAGAAGGAGAGGCUAAAAGAUUCUGGUGUGGACCUGAGCAGCGGCUCAGCAGGGUCUGGGGGUUCUGGGAAGACCAGACCAGAUGAAACAGCGGGUGACAUCACUCUCAUAGCGAAGGGAGAAGGAGGGGAAGGAGGAGGAGAGGGGGAGACAGACAGAGGAACAUAUGGAGGAGGAGAGGGAGAGACAGAUGGAGGAGGAGAGGGAGAGACAUAUGGAGGAGGAGAAGGAGAGACAGAUGGAGGAGGAGAAGAAGCACCAUCAGCAGAGCUGCUUUCAGACGCGGCUACCCCAGACAUCGCCAGCCAAGUGCGGAGCAGCCCAGGGGAGGAUGAGUCGCCCCCAGAGUCGCCCCCAGGGACAGGUGAGAUGCUGCAGACCCUUGAGAGACUCAAAACCCCAGGGAGCCCAUCCUCUUCAGACAGCACAGCCUACAAAUCCCCCACUGACACAGAGACAGACACCCCGGAGGACACCCCCAGCUCAGGGACACCCCCGUCAGUCCAACGACCGCUGCUCACCAAGCGUGUCUCCCAGGACCCUGACCCGGUCUGGGUUCUCAACCUGCUGAAGAAGCUGGAGAAACAGUUCAUGACCCACUACGUGGACGCCAUGGCCGAGUUAAAGGUGCGUUGGGACCUAGACAACAAUGUGAUGUUGGACACUAUGAUCACUGAGCUGAGAGAUGAGGUGAAGAAGAGGAUCCAGAUGAGCAUUGAUCGUGAACUGAGGAAGAUUCGGGGACGGGCGGGCCGGGGGCCGCGACCCCCUAACAUGUCCCGGGAGUCAACCGUAACAGACCAGAGGAGGCGGAGGUUGAAGGUCAUGAAGGUCCAGUCGGUAAACGAGAGUGAUGGAGAGCAGGGUUCAGGCGAUGUUAGCGACCAGCGCAGCGAGGACGAGUACUGUCCCUGCGACGCCUGCAUACGGAAAAAGGCGGAGGACAAGGCAAUCAAAAUGGAGGCUGUGGUUGCCAAGGCGCCAGUGAUGAUGGCGUUUGAUCUGCGUAAGAUCCUGCAGAUGAAGAAAGACCCAGAGUCUCCGGCGCCCCCUAGCCCCACACAGGGGAAGAACAAUGACAAACUGGAAGAGGAGGAGGAGGAGGAACAGGUUGGGAAUCUAGAGGUGGUACACGAAGACGAGGAAGAGGAGGAGAGAAAGGAGGAUAUUAUACCAACUGUUAUAGAGGAAGAUAUCUCUGAGAAGGAAGAGGAAGGAGUGACUGGGGGAGAGGAGGGAGAGGAGGAGGGACAGGAGAGUCACGGAGCUGAGUCUCUGAUGGGUGAAGUAGAGGAGGAAAUAGCUGAGGAGAUAGGGGCUGAAGAACAGGAGGAGGAUGGAGUGGUAGAGGGAACUGAGGAUGAGGAGGAAGAGGCAGGGGAAGGAGAGACGGGGUGUGAAAGUGCAGGAGAAGAUGGUGUGGAGGGGGUGGAGACUGGAGAGGGGGAGGAGUUAGUAGAAGGGGAGGAGGAAGAAGCAGGGGAAGCUGAAGCAGGAGAUCAUGAAAAAGUUGGAGUAGAUGAAGCAGGAGAUCAGGAGGAAGCUGCAGGAGAUGAAGAGACCGGAGUAGCGGGAGAGACAGGGGGAGAGGAGGAGACUCCUGAGGAAGAAACAGAGGGUAAUGUGGGCGUGUCAGCAGAGGAUGAGGAAGAGGGAGGAGAGGAGGAGGUGCAGUUGAAUGCUGUGGCGGAGUUUAAUCCUGAAGACGAGGAGGGUGAGGAGAUGGAGGGAAAUAGAGAAAUCCCUCUGAUCCACCAGAUGACCAGAACCUCUGUGGAGUCCCAGCCAGGAUCAAUGGAGAACACAGACCCGGAGCCCAGGGCAUCAGACCCAGUUUCACAAAUGUGCUCCUUAACCCUGAUAGAGCCCAAUGAAACUGUCUCUGAUGGACACCAGAUGGCAUCUGCGGGGGAAGGGUCAGGGGGGAAAGGCCAGAGGAGGAGCCGAUCUCCAGCCAGAACCAAACGCAGGAAACCAAAAGAGAACGGCAUAGAACUGGAUGUCCUAUAUCUGUAACCCUCACAGGACAUAGAACUGGGCGUCCUAGAUCUGUAACCCUCACAAGACAUAGAACUGGAUGUCCUAGAUCUGUAACCCUCACUGGACAUAGAACUGGGCGUCCUAGAUCUGUAACACUCACAGGACAUAGAACUGGACGUCCUAGAUCUGUAACCCUCACAGGACAUAGAACUGGACGUCCUAGAUCUGUAACCCUCACAGGACAUAGACCUGGACGUCCUAGAUCUGUAACCCUCACAGGACAUAGAACUGGACGUCCUAGAUCUGUAACCCUCACAGGACAGACUGAGUCACAGAAAGCACUUUAUAAUUUCGUCUCUGAGUUAGGAAUAUCUAUAUGGGAGGUAAUGCACAGGUUUCUGCCAGGUCAGAGUGGUAUAUACUCAUUAUUUUAAUAGAAGGGUUUAACUGAAACUUGGAACAAUCAUAGUAUUGUACAAACCAUAAGAUAUCAUGUGAAAUGUACAUUUGUAUAUUUCAAAAAACUAAUUAUAUGUAUGAUUUUAGUUUCAUGGAGGGCUGUAUAUUCUCUACAGUAUAGAGGUGUGUAUAUUCUCUACUGUAUGGAGGGGUGUAUAUACUCUACUGUAUAGAGGGGUGUAUAUUCUCUACUGUAUAGAGGGGUGUAUAUUCUCUACUGUAUGGAGGGGUGUAUAUACUCUACUGUAUAGAGGGGUGUAUAUUCUCGACUGAAUAGAGGGGUGUAUAUUCUCUACUGUAUGGAGGGGUGUAUAUUCUCUACUGUAUAGAGGGGUGUAUAUUCUCUACUGUAUGGAGGGGUGUAUAUUCUCUACUGUAUGGAGGGGUGUAUAUUCUCUACUGUAUGGAGGGGUGUAUAUUCUCUACUGUAUGGAGGGGUGUGUAAUCUCUACUGUAUAGAGGGGUGUGUAUUCUCUACUGUAUAGAGGGGUGUAUAUUCUCGACUGUAUAGAGGGGUGUAUAUUCUCUACUGUAUGGAGGGGUGUAUAUUCUCUACUGUAUAGAGGGGUGUAUAUUCUCUACUGUAUGGAGGGGUGUAUAUUCUCUACUGUAUGGAGGGGUGUAUAUUCUCUACUGUAUGGAGGGGUGUAUAUUCUCUACUCUAUAGAGGGGUGUAUAUUCUCUACUGUAUGGAGGGGUGUAUAUUCUCUACUCUAUAGAGGGGUGUAUAUUCUCUACUGUAUGGAGGGGUGUUUAUACUCUACUGUAUGGAGGGGUGUAUAUUCUCUACUGUAUGGAGGGGUGUAUAUUCUCUACUGUAUAGAGGGGUGUAUAAUCUCUACUGUAUGGAGGGGUGUGUAAUCUCUACAGUAUAGAGGGGUGUAUAUUCUCUACUGUAUGGAGGGGUGUAUAUACUCUACUGUAUGGAGGGGUGUAUAGUUUGGGUUGUUGUGUCAGGAGAUGUGACCAGAGGUUCCCAGGUAUUUAACCAUGUGGGACGGUAUAAUAACAGAAUCUACUCAGGACUUUAACCAAUGCUUUACUGGCACCGUGGUGACAGGAGAGAGCGACGAGAGAGAUGAUAUGUUUUCAAGAUACAGUAAAUAACUUUUGAAAUACAGUAAUACAUCAUAUCGGCUGUAUUUCUGUAUUUUGAAGGAUAUACAUCUUGAAAACAUUUUCAGACUAUAUCAACAAUGGACUAAUGAAACAAAUACCCAAAGAUAGUUUUUUUCACCUUUAAUAUCAUGAUCAGUUGUGCAGAAGUUGUUGUUUGAGUACCUGACAGAGAGGUUGUUUUAUAAGGCGUCUAGAUAUAUUGUUUAUCAUGAAUAUAUUGAAUGUAUUCAUGUUUUGUAUAGAUAUGUUGGACAUGUAUGGAUAUAUAGUGGACAUAUGUAUGGAUAUAUAGUGGACAUAUGUAUGGAUAUAUAGUGGACAUAUGUAUGGAUACAUUGAAACAGGAUGGACUUAAUGUUUAGAACGAUGCAUCUGUAUAUGCAGUUGUAGAAAAAAUAUAUUGGCACCUUUUGCACUUUUAAAAAAAUAAUUCCAUAUUUCUUCUAGAAUAAGUUGAAACAGUCCAAUAACUCUUCUUGAACCAUUCCUUGUCAUUUUGGGGUCGUUGUCCUGCUGGAAGACACACAACCUUCAACGGAGACCCAGUUUGUAGACACUGCGUUGAAACGUUGGAUAAUCGGAGGACUCCACCACGCUCACGGCCCCCGGGACCAGCGGCAGCAAACCUCUGGGGUGUUUUAUUUUCUGUGUCAACUUGAGUUUAGAAAAAUAAAAUUGGUUCAACAAUGUUGAACAUCCAAUAACAAGGAGUGGAGAACAAAAAAAACUUUUUUUUUUCAAUUUGAACUAAUUUCAGAAGAAAUAGGGAACUAUUUAAGAAAAGUGCAAGGGUGCCAAUAUAUUAGUCCACAACUGAAUAAAAGCAUAUAUAUAUAUAUGUAUGUUUUAACAUAUUAUUCUACAGGGUUGAAACAGAGAUGUGCACCAUGAUUCUCUCAGGCUCUGACUACAAAGGGGUCCUAUGGUUUAAUAGUUUAUAGCCAAUCAUAAAGUCCUAUUGGUAGGUGCUGUGGGAUAUGUCUAUGCUGCUAUUGGUCCGUUCGGCUGUCGAUCUUCUUCUGUGACGUAACCUAGGGAACACCAUGUAAAGUCUCAAACAACAAUGUAAAUGUAUUUUAAUGUAUAAUUAUUUAUGAAAUUAA